CCCACCUCCGUAGCCAUUUUGGCUCAAGUCCGUCCCCUCCGUGGGAUCUCGGACUUGGGCCGAAAUGAGUUCCAUAGCUGUCUCUCCCAAGGCCACCUGGCCGAGCGCCGCGCCGCCCGCGUUCGAGGCCCGCGGUUCCAUAUGUCCACGCAAUGGCGUCUCCUGCCGCUGCUGCUGACGCUGACCCUCAUGCCGCAUUGCAGGAGCGCUGGCGCCCUGCAUCGCCGCGCAUGCCAGGCGCUGCAAGGAGGACGUGCUGCCGCACGCCAGUCUGCCGUUCGGCACCCACUUCUUCUUCAUCACCUGCUUCCUCCUGUGGCACGCGUCCCUCCUCGAGCAGAUGGCGACGCCCCUGACCACGAGCCACGUGCCGACGUGACAGGCCCAUCCAUGCACAAGCUCCAGAUGUUCCCCUUCAUUCCCGUCGGCAUGUGCGCUGGCGGUGAGCUGCACCUCGUCUCCGACUUUCUCCGCCGACUUCGUGCCGAUGAUGUCGCUGUUGAUGGCGCCCUGCCUGAUCAUGCGCACGCCGUUCACGGCGCUGAUGCUGCUGCUGCUUCUGUCGGUGCCGCUUUGUAUGCUCAACAUGUCCAUACACCCGAAGUUCGACGCCAUGCUGGUGGAAGUCUUGCCGACACUGCCGAUGGAGUCCUGCAUGCCCUACCCGUCCCACGCUCUGAGGCUCGCCGAGCUGGUCUGCACGCUGCUGAUGGUGGCGCCAUCCGUGCAGAUGGAAGUCGUGACGACAGUGCUGAUGGAGCCCUGCAUGUCAUCCCAGUCCCACGCUCGGAAGCUCGCCGCCUUGAUCUGCACGCUGCGGAUGGUGGCGCCGUUCGUCGUAACGCUCUGCCCGCUUAUGCUGCCGCUGCUGGUGGUGCUGGUGCACUCGUUCUUCCGCACGCUCCUGAUGCUGCCGCUGCCGGUGGCGCUCACUUGCAUGAACCCGCCCAGCAUGAUCCGCAGGGCGUUGCCGCUACCGGUGGCGAGCACGCACUAGUUCUUGCAGCCGAUGGUGGCGCUGCACGUCGUGCCGAACCUACUCUCGCCGAGCGCCGCCUAGUCUACCUCCUGGCCGACACGUGCCAGAUCGACGCGCACACGUCGUACUCGGAGGCCGAGAAGAUCUUGCAGCACGAGCCCGAGUGGGCCCUUGUGGUCGACGUGCGGCGCCGCCUGAUCUUCGACACGUUCAUUCGCCAGCUUGGGCUACAUCCUGAUAGAGUUCCCGAUCGUGCCGUCCCGCCGCCUGGAGUGGCUGCUUCGCGUCCCGACCAUCCCGAAAAAGAUUUGCAUGCUGGUGCUCGCGCCGUCCAGCCGCCUGCUGUGGCUCACGAUACCUACCACGUCCAUCCCGAAGAAGAUCCUCAUGCUCAUACCCGUGCCGCCGCGCCGCCUGGAGUGGCCAGCGUGGCACGGCCACACCAUCCCGACGAAGCUCUUCAUGAUGAUGCUCGGGCUGUCCUGCCGCCUGGUGUGGCUGCCGACGCUCGUCACGAUGAAGAUCGACAUGCCUGGGCUGAAACUCUGCAUGCUGAUGCACGUGCCGUCCCGCCGCCUGGAGCUGACGCUCGCCACGAUGAAGAUCGACAUUGCUGGGCUGUCCCUAGUGCACCGUGUCUUCGUCGAGCCGACCUGCUACAACUUCGCUGCUGCAGCACAGCCCUGGCUGCACUGGCGGAGGAGCUGGUGGACCCUGAAGGAGACCUGCAUGACGCUGCACGCGCCGUCCCGCCGCCUGGAGUGGCUGACGCUGUUCCCCACGACCUCCCUGAAGUACAUUCGCAUGAUGAUGCUCACGACCACGAAUGGGGAAGCUGCUGGGACUACGUGCGCAAAGAAUGGCACGGAUCGGCUGUAGCAAGCCAUCCCUCACAACAUGAAGAAGCUCUGCAUGAUGCUGCACGUGUGGUUUCGCCGCCUGGCGUGGCUGCCGCUGCUCAUGAGGCCUCUGCGGCCACCCGCCAAUGUAGCCCUGAGCCCCCCGUCUGGCUCACCUCACCCCGCUCUUCCCCGUCGUGGGCGGGCCGCCCCCCCUCCCCCCUGGGGAUGCACCUCGCCGCUUGCAGGACCGCCCAGCCGCUCUCUGUUGUUACUGCUAUGCAGUACAGUACUGACCACGGAUUUAAGCCUGUGCCAC